CUUCCUGUUCUCCCCUCCUUCCUUUGCUCCCUUCACCUGAGGGACUACCCUAGCACAUUGAGGGACCAUCACAUACAGGGGUUGCAUCCCAAAUGGCACCCUAUUAUAUAUAGGUCCCAUAGGGCUCUGGUCAAAAGUAGUGCAAUAUGUGAGGAAUAGGGUGCCAGUUGGGACACAGCCAUAGACGUAGAACAACCAGCAGAGCUACAGGUACAGAGUUCAGUCUGUGCUUGUUUACGAUGUUGUUGUUUGUCAGGCCCAUCCCUAAGGGAGACGAGAGGAAGAGAGCCUGUCUGAGGGCUCUGUCGGACAUCCAGGUCCAGCCAGGCUGUUACCUACCCAGUAAUGCAGAGGCCAUAGUACUGGACAUAGACUACACGUCUGGGACUCCAAUGCAGAGUGCUGCCAAAGCUCCGGACCUGGCCAAAGUCAAUAGGUAUGGAGUCAGUGAGUUGGAGAAAGAAGGUCUGCAGCGUAGGUCAGACUCCCUGGACAGUGAGGCUGACGGUGAGGAGGAGGUCUAGAGUAUCUGCUGGCAGGCAGCCAUCUUUAAAGUGGGCAACGACUGCAGACAGUACCCCCCCUUCUAGGAGCGGCUCCAGCCGCGGAGCCAGGGCGACCACCACGUAGUUGGUUGAAGUCCCGAACAAGUUCCGGAUCCAGGAUGUCUCGGGCAGACACCCACGCCCGCUCUUUGGGACCGUAGCCCUCCCAGUCCAUCAGGUAGUGCAGGGUUCCUUGGACCCGACGAGCCUCCAACAGAUGCCGGACAGUGUAGGCUGGGCGACCAUCAACAAGUCGAGGGGGCGGAGGGGCAGGUAUAGGGGAGAGAAGGGACUGGUCCUUACCAGCUUGAGACGGGAGACAUUGAAGGAUGGACAGACCCUCAUACACCUGGGAAGCUGGAAACGAUAGAUGACCGGGUUGAUGCGUCUCAGGAUCUUGAAUGGUCUUAUGUACAGUGGUUCUUCCUUUAAAAGUUACGUCGUACUGUAGCACAGCUUGCGGGCUGCCGCAGAAUUCUAUGGCAUGUUCUUUUGUUACCAAAUCACCUUAUACCACCCACCAC